AUGGCGUCGCAAGAAUCAAUGCAAGGGGGUGAAGGUGGCCUGCAUCUUCUUAGUCUACCGGCCGAGAUGCGCAACUUCAUCUACGCCGAGGUCCUCAUCUCCAACGAGAGGAUCAAAGUGACCAAGGACAACUAUCAGCAACCAAGCCUGUUACGUGUCAACCACCAGAUUCGCCACGAAGCACGUCCAAUCUACUACUGCCAGAAUAACUUCACAAUCGCCUGCCCUGACUUCGACGCCACAGCAUUGGUCGCUUUUCGCAUCCAAAGCAGAGAUGUUGCCCCUAGCAUGCUGGGAAUCGAUGGAAAGAAGCCGGCGAUAUCGCUCAAGUCGCCAACGCAUACACAGCCUCGCAACUGGUCCAACCUGUUCCGCUGGUUGGGCGCACUGCAUCAAGACGACUUUCUCAUCCGCUUCUCAACGAAAGGCGACCCAGGUCGACGAGUCGCUAGGGCUAUGAUGUUGGUGGCUGUCCAGCUCCACAGCCUGUCUUGGAGAAGAGUCAAGCACAUUUUGCGGGACGUUGCAUCAGCGCACCAUGUGAUGUGGACCUGA